GAUGCAAAAAUAUCUUAUAUUCUUAGAAUUUUUCCCCAUUAAGCAAAAGCCUCACCCUUUCCAAACUAAGAACCCUCUUUCCCUUUUUCACUCUUCCUCUUCUCUCUCUGUCUUCACCACAACAACAACAACAAGCUUCACCUUUCCUCUUCCAUGUACCCUUCAUCCUCGUCAUCCUCGUCCCAGAACCCCAUGGGCCCAAGCCCAACCGGCCUCACCCGCUACGGCUCCGCCCCUGGCUCCCUCAUCACCUCCGCCGUCGACUCCGUCAUCGCCGAACGUGAAUUCUCCUCCCUCCGGCCGCAUCCUCCUUCUUCCUUCGUCGGCCGCUACUUCCCCGGAGGAGACGGCGACUCCUCCUCCCUCACCUCCUCCGAGUCAACCUUCAAAAUCAACGGCAAGGAGACCGCCACGAAGAAGCCGCUGGUCAGAUCGUACGGCUUGGGCGAGAUGGCGGCGGCGAUUGGAUCUUCUUCUUCUACUUCUUGCUCUUCGUCGGCUCUGGUUCGCCAGAGAAGCUCGCCAGCUGGCUUUCUCAGCCAUCUCACUGAUAACAAUGGAGGAUUUUCAGUUACACGGGGAACUGGAAGCUAUAGCUCACAAGGUGGCCCUAAUGGUGGCCAUGGAGUGACAAGGUUGAAGUCCCAGUUGAGUUUCACUAGGCAAGAUUCUCUUUCACAAAUCUCUGAAGUUAGUGAAAAUGCUGGCGAAGGUGUUAGCUCUAACAGUGGCCACCAUAGUUCCAUGCAUUCUUAUCCUGCUACUAGCUUUGGGAUGGAGUCCUGGGAUAAUACCAAUUCUAUUGUCUUUUCUGCUCCACCAAGUAAACGAGCCAAAAAUAUGGAUGGUGACAUAUUUAACUGCCUCAAUACCUUAGAAUCGCAGUUUAGCCUGCCCCAGACAACUUUAGAAAUGGCAACGGUAGAGAAACUACUACACAUCCCUGAAGAUUCAGUUCCUUGCAAAAUCCGUGCUAAGCGUGGCUGUGCGACACAUCCCAGAAGCAUUGCUGAGAGGGAGAGAAGAACUAGAAUAAGUGGGAAGUUAAAGAAACUGCAAGACCUUGUUCCUAACAUGGAUAAGCAAACAAGCUAUGCCGACAUGUUGGACUUGGCUGUGCAACAUAUCAAGGGCCUACAAAAUCAAGUUCAGAAUCUUUACAAAGAUCUUGAAGGCUGCACUUGCGGGUGCAAACCAUCCACGUAACAUUACCUAAUGACAGUGAAGAAUUAGAAUAAGGGAGCUACAAAGGCCCAGAGUUAAAAUGGUUCAAGAAGGUAGAAGGGGCCAAAGCUAGACUAGUUUGUUGCAUGCAUUAUCACGUUAGACUGCAUAAUUUCUUAUGUAGAAAUGUAGAUUCAAACGUUUAGGACAACAAUUGUCCUUGCAUAUUUUGUAGUGAUUUAUAUCUUCUUUGUACCAUUGGAAAAAGGUUGUACAUAAUGAAGCAACUAUUGUUUUUGUGGC